UAUUUGUUCAUUGCAUAUUGGGUUGAAUGUUUGGUUUAAAUCUGUGCACAAUUUCCAUAGUUUUGAAAGACAUGUAGACGGACUCGCAUUGAUUCGUUUUUUUUUCUGAUGUGAAUCGAGGAGAGUGUGCGUAGUAUUUAGUGAGUGACAAUGGUGGGUUUCAGAAAAAAGAAGACUACUGAAAGAGAUGACACAUCGUCAUUCACAUCUUCCAGCACAUGUGAGGAAAUAGCGAGGAUAAUGGAGGAGGAGGAUGAGCGAGGCCCCGAAGAGGGGCAUCUCCUUGUGAGGAUACACGUUCCCGAACUCAAUGUACAAAAAUGCCUCCAGUUUCCUAGGGACCAACUAGUUUGGGAUGUCAAACAGCAAUGCUUGGCUGCUUUACCAAAGGAAUUGAAGGAGAGUUUCAAUUAUGGCCUCUUCUGCCCUCCAGAAAAUGGCAGAGCUGGAAAAUUUCUGGAUGAGGAGAGACGAUUGGGCGACUAUCCUUUCAAUGGUCCAGUGGGCUACUUAGAGCUGAAGUACAAGAGAAGAGUUUACAAAAUGAUCUCUUUAGAUGAAAAACAGUUGAAGAGCUUACAUACGAGAGCGAAUUUGAGAAGAUUUUUGGACUACGUGCAGAAUGGUCAAGUGGAGAAAAUCACGAAAAUAUGCGCCAAGGGCUUGGAUCCAAAUUUUCACUGUCAAGAAACUGGUGAAACACCUCUGACCAUUGCAACUGGUAUCAAAAAACCCGCCAAAGUCCUCAUGGCGCUUGUUAAUGGAGGGGCUCUCCUAGAUUACCGAAAAAAGGAUGGAUCAACAGCUCUCCAUCGAGCUGUGGAACACAAAAAUUUGGAGGCCCUGAAGACUCUCUUGGAACUCGGCGCGUCGCCAAACUACAAAGAUAAUAAAGGCCUUACUCCACUAUACUACACCAUAACGCUCAAUGUUGAGGCCACGUUUAGCGAAACUUUACUCCACGACCACGCCACAACGGGAUCUCAAGACGCUCAAGGGUGGCAAGAAGUGCAUCAG